AUCCAAGGCCACAAUGAUUUAGCAGACCUCAUAGCCAGUUCAUUUUCUUCUUUGUUAAUAAUUAACCGAGCUCCAGCAAAACCCAACUCCCUCCCAAAAAAAAUCCAAGCUAACCCAAAUGAAAGUGGGACUGAACUCAACCCAUGAUGCUCCUUUCCUCGUCCUCCUCUUCUUGAUCCUGCUCUCCCCUUCAGCUACAGAAUGCAGGGUUGAGAGGACGUCCAACCCCAAUAUAAGCGGAGAAAACCCAGGCCCUGGGGUUUCAGUAGCCUCCGGGUUGAGAUUUGGGAAGAGCAAUGGGGAGUUCAAGAUCCUGCAGGUCGCCGAUAUGCACUUUGCCGACGGAAAAAAGACCAAGUGUCUGGAUGUGCUCGAGGCCCAGGUGUCGACUUGCUCCGAUCUCAACACCACCGCCUUCAUUUAUCGGCUGCUCGCUCGGGCCGAGAAGCCUGAUCUCCUCCUCUUCACCGGUGACAAUAUCUAUGGCGCCGACUCAACUGAUGCAGCCAAAUCAAUGAACAUGGCGUUCGAACCAGCAAUCUCACUCAAACUUCCAUGGGCAGCAGUUCUUGGUAACCAUGAUCAAGAAGGCACUCUUUCUCGCGAAAAUGUGAUGCGGCACAUUGUGAAGAUGCCCUACACACUAUCAAGACUGAACCCUGUAGGAAUCGAUAUUGAUGGGUUUGGGAAUUUUAAUUUGGAGGUGGCUGGAGCUGAGGGAUCGAGUCUUGCAAAUAAGUCCGUGCUCAAUUUGUACUUCGUCGAUAGUGGAGAUUACUCUACGGUUCCCUCUAUUCCUGGUUAUGGUUGGAUUAAGCCAUCUCAGCAGCUCUGGUUCCAGCAAACUUCAUCGCGCCUACAGAAAGAAUACAAAAGCAAACCGAACCCACAAAAAGAUUCAGCGCCAGCACUUACGUACUUCCACAUCCCAUUACCAGAAUUCAGCAGUUUCGAUUCAUCAAAUUUUACAGGAGUGAAGCAAGAAGGGAUAAGCUCACCAUCCAUUAACUCAGGCUUCUUCACAACAAUAGUAGAGUCCGGAGACACGAAAGCUGUAUUUAUCGGUCACGAUCACUUGAAUGAUUUUUGUGGGAAACUUACUGGCGUUAACCUCUGCUAUGCCGGUGGAUUUGGCUACCAUGCUUAUGGGAAGGCUGGGUGGUCGAGGAGAGCACGAGUGGUAUCUGUGAAUUUGGAGAAGACGAUCAACGGUGAAUGGGGAGGAGUGAAGUCUAUUAAGACAUGGAAAAGGCUUGAUGAUGAAAACCUCUCCACCAUCGACUCUGAGGCUCUUUGGAUCAAGGGCUCUAGUGGGAGGCGUAGAAAGAGAUCGGGCGGGAAUUGAGCUGCUCUUGUUCGUUGAAGUAUUUAUGUAUCAGAAUCCCACUAAGGAACUUCUGUGAACGAGAGAAUAUUCAUUAUAAUGGGCAAGAACAAAUAAAACAGUACGUGGUUCUAUAUUGGUCACCAGUACUUAUGCGUGCAUAAGUGUACAUGUAUAUUUGUGAUUUCUCGAUCUUUCUAAAAUUUUAUGAGAUUCUUGUAAGAAAUUGUAUGUAAAAUAUGCUGUUCUCAGGGGCUUAAAAUAACUAAUAUGCUCCCGUCAAUAUAAAGGAUAAUCCAAUCUCAAGUAGUUCUGUAGA